AUGUCAUCUUUACCACCUUCAAAACGGUACAGGACAAAGAAAACCUCACGUCGACAGUACUGCCUUGAACGCAACCUCGCCUGCACAUCCGUGUACGUCGACGAACAGCAUGCCAAGAGAAAAUGCGUUCAGGAAGCACAGCGACUCUCACUCCCUAUUGAGCCUCUCAUACUUCAAGCCAGCGUCAACAAGGACUGCUCCUGGACUAGCCUUCUCGAGAUCAUUUCUUGCAUGCCCGCUCCACUCUCUCGUCAGUCCAGUGAGCCUAUGCAAGAUUGGAGCGUGGAGACCCGAUCGCAGUCACCCUCGAACCUGGACCGUGGGCAGCAGGAUGACGCAAGUAUUGCCAGUCUGGACUUUGCAGACACCCAUUCAAUCUCGAGCAACAAGAGCUCUAUCGCAUCCAUAGCAAGCACCAGUCAGGCGCCUUCGAUCCUUUCGCUUUCUGAAGGGAGCUCCAGCUGGACAGCAUUCUUCAAUCCGGAUGCGUCCACGUCCUCCUUGGCACCAAGCACCGUAUCUACGCAUCCAAUCGCCCAAGUCAACUUGGGUAAGCCACCCACUUGCGUUCGAUCGCUCACUCUUCCCUUCAUGGGCACAAAGUCCGUAGAUGAGAACGCCUCUACUGCAGCAACGGUUGACUCCAGUAGUAAAAUUGACGCUUUCAGUUUCGGUGGCGACUUUCUACAGAAUGGUACAUUCAGCUCUAUUGGUUUGGACAGUGAAAUCAGCCAGCCAAGCGCAUCUGUGCUUUCCAGCUGGAACUUGACAGCGGAUAAUCAAAAUCUUGGUACUCAAGUCAGUCCACCUUCUCUGCCUGAAGCCGCUGCCGAGACAUCCUGUGAAGGACAAGCGCUGCCAAUCAUCUCCUCACACCUUCAUACUUCUCCGCAGUGCGAGUCCUCGAUCAGCUCGUUGAAGCGAAAGGAGAGGGACGAGAACCAUGUGACGAGUAGCCUGGACUUGGCUAGCACUGCUGCUAUGUCGUCUCCUAUCUGGCAAGACCUUCGCAACAUGUGGUGCAACAGUCUUUUGAACUUCCUCGAAAGUCCCGCCACACUCGACGUGGCAAAAGCCGCAACACCAGGCGAGUGCCUUCGGGCUGACCACCAGUCCCCUCUCACCCCUACCACCGCACAUGGCGAGCAAACGCCUUCUACCUGUGCUACCUUUUCAACUUCCCCGUUGUCAUCUAUCUCAGCGCGAAACACUUGCGCCUCUUCGACGUACUCUUCCACCUCCUCUCAUGAUUCGUCAAUGUCGUUCAGGGUCAACCCGCAUCUGAUCCGCUGCGACUCGAAAGAAUUAUACAACGCGGCACGAACAGUCUUUAGUCUCUGUCCCGUUUUACCACCCCUCGAGAUCCUGGCUAGGCGAGAGUUGCGUCGCUUCAGGUCUUUGCCGGAUCAUCUCGUGCUAACAUUGCUUGCCAUUGGGGAGGCAUACGGCCGUCCUGAUGGGGUGGAGGCCGUCCCCGUCGAAGGCGACCAGGAUUUCAAGUGCAGCCAUAGCGAAAGAUGGUCAGUCUGCAACGACGCAGUGUUGCAUCUGGAACGAAAAGUCCGACGCAGCGAGUCGAGCUCGUUGAGCUCCGCAAUGGUCGACGAUGCCGUGACCAUGAUCCUCUUUACGCGCUUCUCGCCUUUCUUUCAACAAGGAGCGAAAGAGCGACGAGAAAAUCUUGCGCAAUGCAUCAAGAAGCUCUGCGGCCGGAUGACACCAGCGGACCCCUCCCAGGCUGACAGCGGCGCCAAGUUGCUUUCGUCGACAGAUAGGCGAACCAUCAAGCUCAUUUGUGUCGAGCUUGCUGCACGGCAGCUUGCGGCAGAGUUCGGCUCACAAAGAAUGGCGCCUUCGUCCGAGACGUGUUCACCACUCUGCGAUAUCGACCAGAUCGAAUUCAGCCAGUCUGAUUACCCACAUUUUAGCAAGGCUGAAUUCCUCAUCACGGAAACGGAGGAAGGAACGCCCGAGCUUUUCUGUCUAGGCCAGACUUGUGAGGGCGAUACGCAGCUCGAUGCACAUAAGCUUGCAGUCGCUGCCAACGUCCGCCUUGAUCUAGUUCGUGUCGCUGUGGAUGUCUCUAGAGCCUUGCAACUACUCUCUCUUGAUCAGAAAAAAGAGCAUCAGAUCGAAAGGCUCGGGAGGCUCCGAGAAAGCUUACUUCAGUCCUGCGCUAGAGUGCAAUCCCAUUGCACCGGAUGGAACAAUCUUUCCGCGCUUUCCAAUCUGGUAAUGGCUCUGCGGGCCUUGGCUGAGACAACGUUGGAGCCACACAAACUCGGUGCUCAACCUCGAUCCUGCGAAGCCAUCAUGCUGCGAGAGGUGUGCGCAUUCACGACAUCGUUCUCUCGCAUGACUUACGGCUUGUAA